CGCAGGAAUUGGACGUCACUGAUGAAGUGGCAACGAUGGACGCUUAUCCGGAAUCAACAGCGAAUUCACUGCUGAAAGAUGAGUGCUAUACCGAUUUCCUUAAAGAGGAAUUCGACGUAAAGACAUACACAGCUCAAGCCAUUCAUCAUGCUGUCAUUGCAGAGCAGCUGGCAAAGCUGGCAGAAGGCAUCAGUCAGCUGGACAAAGAGCUGCACUGCCAGGUAGUGGCCAGACAUGAGGAUCUACUAGCUCAGGCAACAGGGAUCGAGUCUCUUGAAGGUGUCUUACAAAUGAUGCAGACCAGAAUUGCAGCUCUCCAGAGUGCUGUGGAAAGGAUAAGGACUAAAAUCGUUGACCCUUACAAUAAGAUUGUGGCACGGACGGCCCAGCUUGCCCGCUUACAGGUGGCGUGUGACCUGUUGAGAAGGAUUAUUCGCAUCCUGUACCUGAGCAAACGACUGCAGGGGCAACUGCAAGGGGGCAGCAGAGAGAUCACUAAAGCUGCCCAGAGCCUCAACGAACUGGACUACCUUUCCCAAGGUGUUGAUCUGUCAGGUAUUGAUGUCAUAGAAAAUGACCUGCUGUUCAUCAGUCGAGCUCGUCUGGAGGUGGAGAACCAAGCCAAACGAUUACUGGAACAGGGCAUGGAAAUUCAGAAUCCAUCUCAGGUGGGGACGGCCCUACAAGUGUUUUAUAACCUUGGCAAUCUGAGAGAGACCAUAAGAAGUGUGGUAGAUGGAUACAGGACAUCUGUGCAGGAGAACGUUGUUAAUGCCCUGGACAUUAAAGUCCUCACUCAACCUGCAAACACCAGAGGUGCCCCUGGCAGAGCCGUCAUGCCCACUCCAGGGAAUACGGCUGCGUUUCGAGCUGCUCUGUGGACGAAUUUAGAGAAACUAAUGGACCAGAUUUGUGCCGCGUGUGGUCAGGUGCAGCACCUGCAGAAGGUUCUAACCAAAAAGAGAGACCCAGUGACUCAUGUGUGCUUUAUUGAUGAGAUCAUCAAGGAUGGGCAGCCUGACAUCUUGCACACCUUCUGGAGUUCAGUCACUCAGACGCUCUCUGAGGAGCUACAGAAAGCCACAGCUGCAUCAACCUUCCUGAAGCAGGCUCUGGAAGGAGAGUAUCCCAAACUCUUGAGACUUUAUAAUGAGCUGUGGAAGCGUCUGCAGCAGUACAGCGCAAGCAUACAGGGGGCGCUAGCGAGCAGUGGUGCGGGUCUAGAUGUGGAACUGCCAGCAUCAGAGCAUGAUACUGACGAUAUGUUCACCCGGACCAAACCAGACUAUGAUCCAGAGAAGGAUCUGAAGGAUUCUCUUCAGCCGUAUGAAGCAGCCUACCUGUCCAAGUCUCUGUCCCGACUCUUUGACCCCAUCAACCUUGUUUUCCCUCAAGGGGGCCGAAACCCACCCUCUAAUGAUGAACUGGACAGCAUCAUAAAAACAAUAGCCAGUGAGCUGAAUGUUGCAUCAGUGGAUUCCGGCCUGACGAUCGCAGUGGCCAAGAACGCAGCCAAGACGGUGCAGCUCUUCUGCGUCAAGUCAGAGCAGCUGCUGUGUACGCAGGGGGACGCCAGUCAGGUGAUCGGACCCCUGACCGAAGGCCAGAGGAGAAACAUUAACGUGGUGAACUCUCUUUUCCGCCUGCAGCAAGCUGUGGCUAAAGUUAUAUCUGGACUGGGCACCUUUCCUCCAGCAGCAGAGCAAUCGCUCACAGCAUCUUUACAGUCGGUUCAGGCUCUGAUGAGUAGUGCCGUUCAGCCCCUGCUGAAUUCUGUUACUGACUCCGUCGAAGCAAUACUCAUUACUAUGCACCAGGAGGAUUUCUCUGGUCCUCUACCCGUGGUUGGCCGCCCGGACGUGCCAUGCUCUCUGUACAUGCGUGAGCUGCAGGGCUUCAUCGCUCGCGUGAUGAAUGACUACUUCCGCCCGCUGCAGUGUCUGGACUUCCUGUACGAUAGUACGGAGAACAUCGCCCAGCGCGCCAUCACCCUUUUCAUCCGCCAUGCCAGCAUCUUGCGUCCGCUCGGAGAGGGCGGGAAGAUGAGGCUGGCAGCAGACUUUGCGCAGAUGGAGCUGGCCGUGGCUCCUCUCUGCAGACGGGUGUCAGACUUGGGGAAGGCGUACCGUCUCCUGCGAUCUUUCAGGCCACUGUUGUUCCAAACGACUGAGCACAUCACUAGCAGUCAAGCGCUGGGAGAUUUGAUUCCAUACAGCACCAUAUUACAUUUUCUGUUCAAUCGUGCCCCGGCUGAACUCAAAUCACCACAUCAGAGAGCGGAGUGGUCGAUCUCUCGCUAUUCUCAGUGGUUGGAUGACCACCCAUCAGAGAAGGAUCGUCUCACCCUUAUUCGGGGGGCGUUGGAGGCGUAUGUGCAGUCUGUCCGAGCCAGGCAAGGGAAGGAGUUUGCCCCAGUGUAUCCCAUCAUGCUCCAGCUGCUGCAGAAGGCCACAAGCGCAUCAUAGGACCUGCAAACAGAGCC